GGAUCAAGAGGGUACGCUCAGACAGUCCCUGCCAGUUAUUCCUAUCUCCAAAUCUGCCACCCAACGACAUCCCAGCGCGGCUCGCCUAAUGACUGUCCAUUCCUACCUUGACGACGACUAGUAUUACGCUCCCUUACGAUGCUUUCCACGACUCGUCUGCUCGCUUUGAGCACUCUUCUCACCCCUAUUCUUGCUCACAUUGCCCUGUGGGACCCUGCCAUGUAUGGCUGGACGGAUGACCCGAAUCAGUGGGACCCGGUCGUACCACUCAUGCACCUCCCAUUUGACCAAUGGUGGUUCCAUGGAUACAUGAAUGUUCCACCCGCAGAAGGGAAAUUCAUGACUUUACCUUCUGGCGGAACAUACAAUGGCCAGGUCGCAUGCAAUAAAGCAUUGACGAAAUAUGGACAAAAUCCCGCUCAACAAACUGGAAUCUACGCUUGUGAUGGACCGACAGACCAAGGCGGCAUCGGAGCUAUGCACACCUCCGACAAGUGGAACUCACCUGAUCCCGUCGAUUUAAAAGGUUGUGCCAUUGCCAUUGCCUACGAGAGUGAUCCCACCAAGAUCAAACCUGAAGAUUUCACAGUCAUCAGCGUCAAUCAUAAAUGUGUCUGGUUCAAAGACAUCGAUUUCCAAAUCCCCAGCGAUCUGCCUCCUUGUCCUCCUGGUGGAUGCCAUUGUCUUUGGGAAUGGAUCCACGCGGACGAUGCUGGUAGUGAACAGUUGUUCCACUUGGCUUAUCGAUGUACCGUAGAGGGAGCGACUGGAACUAGGCCUCUACCCUCGCACAGCCAACAAAUGUCCUGUUGAUAAAAGCAACUGCACUGUCGGUGCCAAGCUCCCUCACUACUGGUACCAGGCAGAAGGCAACAACAACCCUCAGGGCCAAUACGACCCUCCCUUUUUCAACGAUGACUACGGAUUUGCAGAUGGUGCUCAGAUGGACCUAUUUGCGACCGUUGCCAAUUCGUCCGACACUUCUACCACCUCAGACACGCCUGACCAAUCUAGCACGUCGCAAUCGCCUCAAUCUUCCGAAUCACCAGAGACGCAGAACCACCCUAGUUCCACAUCGAUAUUCACCACAUCGACUUCCACUCC